UCUCUCUCUCUCUCCAUUAAUUAAGUCCUUUUGAUCUUUCUCCUUUGUGUUUAGAUGGUCUUCAAGCAACACUACUAGGAGAAAAUAUGGAUGGUUGAUGGAGUUGUUGGUUGGGAGGAGAUAUUGUUCUGUUGAAACAAUAUCUUUGCCCUCUUCAACCAAGAAAAUACCAUCAAGGGCAUCUUGAGCUGUAGAAGAUUUGUAUCCACCACUAAUGGCUACCAAGAUGAAGGGGAUCAUUAAGAGCUUCAAAUUUAUCUCUUCGAUUUUCGUGGUAAAGGAGCAGGAGAUGGAGAUUGGGCUCCCAACAGAUGUGAAACAUGUAGCACACAUUGGCUGGGAUAGCCCUGCAACUGGGACUGCUCCUGCUUGGAUGAAUGAAUUCAAGACAACAUCAGAUUUCUCCUCAACCACUCUCAACAAUGUGGGGCAAUCUAGAGAGACCUCUUGGGCUUCUCAAGAUUUUGAUCAGCCUAGAGAUAUAUCGCCUUUCGGGAUUUUCCCCGAUAGCUCUGCAGGCACAGAGGCUUCUCCUUGCCCCGACAUACCGAAAGCCCCGACGAAGAAGACCAAACGGAGAAAGAGUAAGACCGCGUCACCGUCCACAACAACAUCGUCGUCGUCAAGAUCGUCGCGGUCGUCGCGAUCGAGGGCUUCUUUCGGUACCGCAAUCGACGAUGCCAGUGAAAUGCAAAGCGAGUAUCGGAUCGCGUAAUCGACUUUAAAGCUAUCUUGAAUUAAACAUGUAUGUUUCUACGGGAAAUUAAUUAUAUGAGUGGUUAAUUUCCUUUACCAUCACAUAAAACCAAGUUUGAGAAAAAAGAAAGAUAUAUCAGAUAUUGGUUUUUAAUUCUUUGAUUAAUACAAAAUGAUUCAUUUACUUA